CAGCCAGUAGAAAUUGAUAUGAUUGUAGGUAAAGACCGCGAGGGUUUCUUCACCAAUGGUCUGACUCUUGGUGCAAAGAAGUGCUCUGUGAUCAGAGAUAGCCUGUAUGUGGAUGGUGACUGCACGAUGGACAUAAGGACAAAGAGCCAAGGUGGCGAGCCAACAUACAAUGUUGCUGUAGGCAGAGCUGGCCGAGUCUUGGUCUUUGUAAUGGGCAAAGAAGGGGUCCAUGGAGGCGGAUUGAAUAAGAAGGCAUACUCAAUGGCAAAAUACUUGAGAGACUCUGGGUUCUAGUUGCUAGGCAGACUGUUAAGUAUUAGGGGAAAAUUGCUAUUAAACUUUCCUGGCAGUGAGCUUUAAAUCUUACAUUCUGGAAACUUUAUUAGCAAUGCAGGGUGAUGGGGUAUGAACCUGUGUCUCCUUUGUAUCCCUUUGUUGGUGGGGAAAGGUGGUGUUUUUUGUUUUGUUUUGUUUGUUUUCUUUUCUUUUCUUUUUUUUCUCUUUAAUUCUGUUCAUUUCUGUUUUGUUUCCUUGUGUACUCCAGCAUUGGUUAUAGUCAUGGGAAAAAAAGGUGUCCAUGGAGGGACACUCAACAAGAAAGCAUAUGAACUGGCUUUAUACCUGAGGAGGUCUGAUGUCUAAGCAGCCUCUCCCCAUCCAACUAGCAACUGUCUUCAUCACCUCCCAGUUUGUGUUCAGUGCUACCAGACUGUAGAUGGUAGUUUUAUGGGUUUUUUUUUUAUUUACCCAUUUUUCUAAUGUCAUGAUUCCAGUUACCCUUUCGUUCAUUUGUAUGUUAACCACUGUAUGUAACCAAGUCCCAUAUCUGGCACAAUUGCAGCACAAAGAUGAUAUGCAUGAUAACUUGAAAAAAAUUGGGAGGGGGAAUAUGCCAAGUCUAGGCUUUGCUUUCUCUUAGCAAUUAGUGCGAUAUUGACAACUAAAACAACUUAAACACUAAACAAGGUGCCGAUUGUACAAUCUAAUUUGAUCAAUGCCUCUUCAGCACUUUGAGCAGUUACAGAGCUCAUUUAGUCUUCCUUUUGUAGAGCAUGGUUGGGAGGAAAAAGUGCAUGCAUAUCUUUACUUCUCUCCCUCUCUUGUCUUCAUCCACAUUUUGUUUGCUUUCACCAAUUUUUUUAUACAGUGCCUGAUUUAACCAGUUUGCCGCUCAAAAGCGCUGUGUUGCGUUAGUUUUGUUGUUGCACUUCACUCUUCAUGUGUCUGAAGCGCGUACUGCUUAAUGAGUGCAAUUGCAAAACUAUCAGAAGGUGCAGAUGCACUGCCUCCCAUGACCUUACAACCACCAUCCUGAAUGAAUACCCAGGGACAUUCCAUCACUGCAAUAGCUCAGGCACUCAAUUUUUUUUGCCAGCUCCUGUUCUGUAGUUGAAUUGUAAAAGGCUGCCAUUAUGGACAUUAGAUAUCCCAACAUAACCAUCUGGAGUGUGUCCGGUUUCAGUUUUUCAUAGGACCAAUUUUAAUUUGCGGCUUAGGGGUUUUUUAUAUGAAACUGCGAUGUCAUUGCAGGAAACUACCACCUUCAGCUUGACUGGUAGCUUUGACUGACUCCAAUCUUCCUGUCAGGUCUUAUUGGUAAAGGGACUUGCUGCUAUAAUACCAGUGUUGGGUGAGGGUUGGUAGUUUAUAAACUAAAAUUGUCAAUGAUACCAUUUCAAAUUCAAAAUCUUCAUUUGGCCUGUCACACCUUUGCUGCAGAAAUUGUGGAGUAAACUGCCUUGUGCACUAUCAUCUGAAACGUGUAACCAAACUGUCAGUUCAAGAUGGUACUAACUUGUAUGUCCAUUUUAAAGAGAACUGCAGAACUCUAUACAAAAGAAUAAAUGGGAGAUGGUAUUGGUUGGAAUAACUGACUUGGCUGUCUUGUGAUGCAUUUUUUUAAUAUGUAUUCUGUGCCAUACUAUUGUUUAAAAAAAAUGAACUGUUGCUAUUGUGAGAUGGAUUUUAACUGACUACAAGGGUUUCUUUCGAAUGGCACUACUUUAGGGACAUUCUAGUAUUUGCUUCUAUUGUUUGGGCCUUGUGGAUAAUGUACAGAUUUAAACAAAUUCUUGUUGCUGAUUUGUCCAUUUCUUUCCCUGCACUUUGUUACAUCUGGGAUACAGUCUAACUCAUCUGAUUUAAUAUGCAUUUCAAAAAAUGCCAUAACUAUUAAAACACCUUGUUUACAGAUGGAUGAAAUUAAAUUUAUUCCAACCAAAUGAAA